AUGGCUUCCAAGUCCUUCUACGCCAUCAUUUCCGGAGUCGGCUCCGGAACAGGCCGCGCAGCAGCUAUCCGCUUCUCCAAGGCAUACACCGUCGUCUUGCUCGCUCGUAAGCCGGAAAGCUACAACUCCAUCGUUGACGAGAUCAAGCAAGCGGGCGGCCAGGCGUUCGGCCUCACCGCCGACGCUACGGAUGAGGCCGCCGUAAAUGCCGCCUUCGAGACGAUCAAGAAUCAGCUUCCCGGAGGCAAGCUUGCCGCCGCAGUAUACAACGUCAACGGCGGAUUCGCCCGGAAGCCGUUCCUCGAGCUCAAGAGGGAGGAGCUGGAUGCCAGCCUCGACGCUGCACCAAAGGGAUUUUUCACAUUCGCGCAAAAGACGCUGCCUCUACUACUUGAGUCGGUGCCGGAGUCGCCUCACCCGCCAUCACUGAUUAUCACAGGAGCAACGGCGUCCAUCAAAGGCUCUGCCUUGUUCGGGUCGUUUGCUGCCGGUAAAUUCGCCCUUCGUGCUCUAGGCCAGUCCCUGGCUCGCGAGUUUGGACCCAAGGGCGUUCAUGUAUCACAUGCAAUCAUUGACGGAGGUAUCGACACACCUUGGGGCAAGGAUUUUGUUGCCAACAAUGGCGUAGAAGACGGCAAGAUUUCCCCAGACGCUUCCGACCAGAUUGCGGAGACCUACUGGCAUCUGCACACGCAACACCGGUCUGCCUUUACCCAAGAGGUUGAUAUCAGACCCUAUGUAGAGAAAUUCUGA